GUCGGUAUUCCAGAUCACUGCCACAGAUGCCGAUGAUCCCACCUACGGAAACAGCGCCAAGAUCGUCUACAGCAUUCUCCAAGGGCAGCCUUUCUUCGCCGUCGACCCCAAAACUGGUGUCAUCAGGACAGCUUUGCCGAACAUGGACAGAGAAACUAGAGAGAUGUACUCUGUCAUCAUCCAAGCCAAAGACAUGGCCGGCUCUGUCGGGGGUCUGUCCGGAUCCACGACAGUCAACAUCUCACUGACCGACGUCAAUGACAAUCCACCGCGAUUCCCUCAAAAAAACUAUCAGCUGUACGUGCCAGAAUCUGCUCAGGUAGGGAAAGCAGUUGGUAAAAUCAAAGCGAACGAUGAAGAUCUUGGCGUAAAUGCUGAGAUGACAUACAGAAUUACCAAUGAGGAAGGAGCUGCCAUGUUUUCCAUUUCUACAGACAGUGACAAGAGAGAAGGAGUCAUCUCGCUCAGAAAGCCUCUGGACUACGAGAAGAAGAAGGCUUACUCUUUGAAUAUAGAAGGUGUCAACACCCAUCUGGAUCCUCGUUUUUCUUACCUGGGUCCUUUCAAAGACACCACCACGCUCAAGCUUAUCAUUGGGGAUGUUGAUGAAGCUCCAGUGUUUACAAUGGACUACUAUAUCAUGGAUGUGUAUGAAAAUGCUCCAACUGGGACAGAGGUUGGCAUGGUAACUGCUCAAGACCCGGACAGCACAAGAAGCAAAGUCAGGUAUUCCAUCGAGCAAAUUGCAGAUGGUGAUGCACUUUUUACCAUCGAUGUUGACAGUGGACUCAUUACAACCACCAAGAGUCUAGACCGAGAGGAGGUAGCCUGGCACAACAUCACAGUGAUGGCUGCAGAGAUUGACAAUCCAAAUCUGGUGAGCUAUGUACCAGUCACAGUCCAGGUCUUGGAUGUCAAUGACAAUGCCCCCUAUAUUGCCACAGACAGCGCUCUGGUUUUGUGUGAAGGCUCCAAAGCAGGCCAGGUCAUUCAAAUCAUCAGGGCCACAGACAAGGACAACUUUGCCAAUGGUCGAUUUACUUUCGCUUUACCAGAAGACCUUCCAGUGAAUCCAAACUUCACUCUGAAGGACAAUGAAGAUAGCAGCGCGAGUGUGUUGGCGCGCAGGCAAGGCUUCAGCCAGGCAGAACAGGAGCUGUACCAGCUGCUCGUGGUUGUGUGGGAUGGAGGAGAGCCCGUCCUCAGCAGCACCAGCACGCUUACGCUCAGGGUGUGUCCGUGCCAGCGCGGGGCCAGGACGCCAGUGUGCAGGGCUCAAGCAUUCCUGUCCUCGGCUGGUCUCAGCACCGGAGCCCUCAUUGCCAUCCUGCUGUGCGUGCUCAUCCUCUUGGCCAUCGUGGUACUGUUUGUCACUCUGCGUAGCAAGAAGAGCAAAAAGGAGCCUCUGAUCAUCUCGGCGGAGGAUAUCAGAGAGAAUGUAGUCACGUACGAUGAUGAGGGAGGAGGUGAGGAAGACACAGAGGCCUUUGACAUAGCGGCGUUGAGGAACCCCGCAGCAGCCGAGGAGAUGAGGAUGAGGAAAAACCUGCAGUCGGAGCUGUGGAGAUCAAUGGGGACUGAGGCUCUCAGCCCGGCUUUGACAUUACCUGACGAGGACAUCCAUGAGGUGAUUAAGCUCAAGGUGGUUGAGGCCGACCGGGACACAAGUGGCCCUCCGUACGAUUCUCUUCAGACUUACGCGUACGAGGGCCGCGGCUCCCCGUCCGGCUCCAUCAGCUCUCUGGACCUGCCAGAGACCCAGACAGAGCUGGAUCUCAGUGAGGUAGACAACUGGGGCCCUGAGGUACAAAUACUGAGCAGAGUCUUUCAAGAGAAAGGCCAGCAGCACGUCCCAUAAUGGCUGCGCAUGUUCUUUAAACCAGAAGUUGUGUGUCGUUUCCCUGCUGUCUGGUCAGAUGGGACUGCAGUGAAGGCAGAAGUUUUUUGUUGUUGUUUUUUGUUUUUUGUCAUCCAGUUUUCCUGUGGGAUUAUUUGACUGUCGUUUUUCACUGGCCUUUACAAGUGGGAGUUGAUUUUUGAAGAAAAAGUAUAAAAUUUAGAAAAAAAAGAGAACUCGUAAAGGAAGCUAUUUUCCCUGGUGUAUAUUUUCUAUUGCUUAAUAAAAUUCAUGAUUCCAGAUA